AUGGUUGAAACCGCUCGACGACGCCAGAAAACAACAGGCAAAAUGGAGUUCGAAGACAAUAUCCUCCAGACCAAGGGCUUUCUCCAGGGAACAGCCCUCAUCCUCCCUCUUGACCUUGCUUUACUGGCCGACUUCUUGUCACUCGCACGGAAUGCCGGGUCAACCGGACACCAAGUGUUGGUUCAGUUAGAAGAGGUCCGCAAUGGAUGCCAACUCCUCAUCAACAGUGCUUCUGCACACAAUCGACUACCACAGCAGGUGGAGGGCCGUCUUUUUCUGGUACAGCUGUAUGCGCUCGCGCGGUCGCAUUCCACAAUGAAGGUUGGAGAGAAGUUGAGACAGGAAGCUCAUAAUAUUCUUGAUGAAGCCAGGCAUCUUUGCAUGCAAUACUCCGGGCAAACACAGGGGUUGGCUGAGGAAAUUGACGGCGCUGAAAAGAUGCUCUCAGGAGGAACCUUCUACACUGCCGUCACCAACGAGGAGCGCAUAGCGGUCAUCUCAGCCAUGGCGCGCGAAUUCCGAGGCACUGGACAUUGGUACUAUUGCCGCAACGGACAUCCAUUCACCAUCGGAGACUGUGGAGCAGCGAUGCAGUUUGAGUAUCCGGAGUGCGGCAGCCCUGUAGGAGGCCAUGCCACGAGGCUGGCAGAGGGAGUUACCAGGGCAAAUGAUAUGGAGAGAGCUCUGACGGAUGAGUUGGAAAGAAACCUGGGAAAUCUGGCGCUGUGA